CCUAUAAAUACCAGAUUUAAAUAACAGCAAAUUGAACUAGACCGACGGACGGAGUUCGAUCAAACUUCCUCCUUAUCUGUGCUCAGAUCGGAGACUGACAUCCCCAGUUCAUCCCCAGCUCUGACAUAUUUGUUUGCAUUCCAUCAAACACCAUGGAUUGUGUCACUGAACACAACAAUUUUCAAUUAGCUUUGGAAGUACUACAGCAAGUUAUUGAAAUGACAGAUUCAAGUUUAAAACCAUUAGUUGAUAUAUGCAAACCACUUUUGGAGCUUGCGUUAGGUGAGCAACAAAGCAAGGAACAAAAGUUCAUGGCUGAUGAGUUCUUAAAAUUACAGGAUGAAUUAGAGCAAAUUUCAAAAAUGGCAUCAAAAGUAAAAAAGCAGAUUGAAAUCAGUGGAGUAUAUUUGAAAUAUUCUCCCAUUGAAGAAAAUCUAAGGGACGCGAUAAGGAAUGUGAAGGAAAUCCAGUCUUACAAACCAGUGAAACAGUCAAUGAUUGAGGAAUUCCUGGAUGAAUACCCAGAUGCUUUAGAUAUCGAGGAUAACCUUAAGAAUCUCUACAAAGGAGUGAUGGAAAAAUCCAUUCUGGAUAUCAAAAAGACAAGCCCUCGCGACAUUGACGAGGGCUGUGCUUGCAUUUAUAGACUGUUGUGCAAAGGAAUCUAUGCUUUGAUGAACCAUAAAGUUUAUACCAAGCAGACUGAAGACGACCUGAAGGCAACAAUGGAUGAGUGGUCCAAGAAAGCUGCCGACAUUCUGCGCAAAAUGAGGGAAGAAAUUAAUGCCUACCUGAAUGAUUUUCCAAAUCAGGCAAAAGCUGAUGUUGAAAAUGUCUGUUUGGAAAAGGGAAGCGCUGUUUCUGGGGACAUCCUAAAGAUGUUAAUUGAGAAGUAUGGCUGGGUCAAUUGGUCAGUGAGGGCUUUCAACCCUUCGACUAAUUUUGUCCUUAUUUCAUCUGGAGAGUUUCAUGUGAUCAAAGGUGAAGGGCAUUUUAGACACAAAUAUCAUAACACGAUAAUUGUAGUGUCCUAUAAUAUUAACCCACAAUCCCUGGUUAAAAGUCAAAUUCACCAGUUGAUUAAGAGACAAAUUAAAAAAGCCAGCAUUGAGGAAGCAGCUGAGAGUGUGCGUAGAAGUCUUCCUCACUGUGUGGUGCACAUUAUCAAGGGUAACAAGACCUGCGCAGCACACAAUUUUCCAGUCGAGUAUCACUAUGAGGGAAUCCACAAGAAACGCUUCAAGUGCUGGUCUGUGUUCGUUCAUUCAGAAUACGCACUUCAGGAAGACUGCAGACCUCUUCAAUAAGAGGAUGGGAUAUCCGGUCUCAUAGGUGUGCGUGGCGUUUGCAUGUGUUCGUGUGGGUUUUCACCUCUUCGUGCUCCGGUUUCUUCCCACCGUAGCAGCUUUAAACUUUUAUUUCAAUUUCUCUAACAUGUCAACUCUUCGACUGCCUUUGUGAUCCAACUACAGGCUGCCCAAAAGCUUCUCCAAACUGAUUUCAACUCUGAAAACUUUCUUUGAAUGGAACAGCAUUCCAAAAUCUAAAUCUCUUUUCACACUCAAGUUAUGAGGGAACUAUACCAUUUAAGAAUGAUCCAUUUUAAGAUUUGAAAUAUUCAUUCUAAAUUUUGAAUUAUCAAUGUUAAGUUUUUUAAUUACCUGUUUUAAUUACCUAUUUUAAAAUGUUUUGAUUGUCUAUUUUUAGGUGUUUAAGUGUUUAUCUAUCUUUAGUUUUUGCUUAUCUAUUUAGACGUAAAGUUUGAAUAACCUAUUAUAAGUUUUUAAUAAUCUAUGUUAAGUUUUAAUUAUCUAUUUUGGGGGUUUGAUUAUCCAUUUGAGAUGUUUAAGUGGUUGUUUAGUUAUUUUAAGUGUUUAAGGACAAUGACAUUUGAGAACAAUGACUGCAGUUUAAACUGUUACAACAGAAUCUGAGGACGUGAGGUUUCCAAAGAACUUUCUGGGUUACUAUAAAGAGUACCACAUUAAAGUACAUUGAGUGCAUUAUCAAGGACUAAAAGGAUAAAAAACACAUAAACCAGCCAAUCUAGAGGACAAUUAGUGUCAUAAAAAGAGUUAACCAUUGUGUGACAGGGUGACAAAGAGAAUAAAUGCAUCAGCUGUGAAAAACAGACUGACACUUUUACCACA